UACUGACGCGAUGUUUAAAAUGAGCACACAGCGAGAUAUAAAAUCACUACCACCGUCAUUAUAGGGUAGGGGAGGAUCUGACUCAGAUCACUGCAAAUUAGGAUUUAUCCGGGGCUAUGAUGACCGUCAAAUCGGGUUUUGAGUAGUGGCUUAUGUUGAGAUAGCGGGGUUAAUAAUAAUAUAUCACGUGAUACGGGUGAAAUAUCGUACAGGAAACGACUUUUUCAGCUCAUUUUUUUGGUUUGCUCUGAAAAUUCGUACAACUUUGAAGAAACGUUUUUGUAGCGAAUUUUUAAACAGAGGUUUCUUUGAUGUCGCCGCAAGAAGUAAAUUUCAUUCAUCAAUCACGUGACUAAAGAAUCUGAUCUCUCAUGAACACUUCAAGCAACUACUCGGAUAUUAAGUUCGGGAUACAAAACAAUGCAGUGAGAUACUCUUGGGCCUUCUACUUUCUACUAGGAAUCCUCUCAUCUCUCAUCGGAGAUACUCUGAUCUUAUUAGCAUCCCUCCGUGAAGAUGCCUUCAAAAUUAAAAAGUUCCUGGUCGUAAUAAUCCAACACAUUGCUAUAUCAGAUCUAGCAAACACCCUCACUUUCCUUCUACCUACAGAAAUAUCCCUGCUAGCCAACUCCUGGGCCCUGGGGGCCACACUCUGCUACAUCCGAGCUUACACUUCAUACAUGAUGUACCUAGCUGGCAUGUCCCUUAUAGCCGUUCUCACCACCAGUAAGUUCCUGAUCCUCAAAUACCCUCUAAGAGCAGUGAGUUGGUCAGAUUUGAGGGCCCAUCAAGUGUGCAGCCUUGUCUGGGUAUCAUCUCUCAUCAUGCCAAUACUCUUCUUCGCUGUUGACAAAGAUGAUGUCCACUUUGAUUACAGAGUCUACAACUGUCAGUAUAAGCUUAGCAGUGAUGUUUGGAAGAAAGCGUUGAUACCCAUAACAGGUUUUGUCUACGGCAUAGUCCCUAACAUAGUUGUUGUCACCACCACAAUUCUUACACUGAAGUACCUGGCUGAUGCCAUGAAGUUUGCAAGACGAGUCCACGGAAGUGUCCCAUGGCAAGGAGUGGUGACAGUCCCUCUAACAUCCCUUGCUUACUGUGUCUCCACAUUACCUUAUGUAGUUCACCGUAUUGCUAGCCGGUACAUCAACGAAGAUCCUCCGGGACUCUUUCAUCUUCAGUUUUACAGGAUAUUCAACUUCUUGUUGAUGAUAAAUGUGGCAGCUAACUUCUACAUCUACGCUCUGACUAUAAGAAGUUUCCGUAGCUUCAUCCACUGUAAAGUCCUGUCGAUGGUUCGAUUCAUUCGGCUCGCUGGUAGGAACGAAGCAUCUGUAGAAGUUGACGGAGAAAAUGUUCCUGAUAAGAUUAUGUCAGGAUCUGAAGACACGACAUGUAGACAUUCAAGAGAAGCAGAUGACUCACAAGGUGAAGUAACAGGUGCAGUUACUCUUGAUUCCUCACUCCUGACAUCCAAAGACAUCCUAUCGGCAGCAACAUUGGACGAGGAGAGACAUGCAGCUAGCAAGAAUAACUCACGAAUGAGCGAGAGUUUAGUUUGAGAAUCUCAAAGCGAAUGGACACAGCACAGCGAUUACUACACGAUAACAGUACGGACAAUAUAAACUCCAUGGCAUGGCCACGAAUAAGAAGGGCCCAGUCCUCAAAUUAUUAAUACCAUAUUACUAUUAUCUUUAUCUACGGGACCGAUUACCUUACUAUAAAAUGAUUUUAGUGGAAUGCAAACAUACUUAAAUAAUCGAUCUGUUUUCAAAAUGAAGAUACGAAGAAGCUGCUGAAUCAACGGUAGAGUUUGUUUGAUUUUUUGAACUUAUUAUAAUCCAUAAAAUUAACACUGUAAUCAUGUACUUACUCUGACGAACAUUGUUAUUUAUCAACAUAUGGUUACGUAUACAAAGAGAGGGCUGUUUAAUGUUUAUUUGUACAUUAAUACUCGACUUCAGGGGCCAAGGCCCGAAACUCACAGUGUACACUAUACAUUGAGCAUGGCCACAAGUUGAAAUCUGAGACUCCGAAUCAUGCUAUAUUAUAUAGUCCGGUUGCUCAAACAACAGGUCUUCAUGAUAUGAACUAUUACAAAGCUUUUAACAUGACAAAAAAGAAAAAUAGACUAAAUCUCCACUGAACUUUCAGUGUAGAUGUAACUACUGAGUUUGUGUUGUUUUGAAAUGAUGAUUGGUUCAGACUCUAUCGAGUUAGCGUUGAUACAGUUUGUUUGGUUUAACCUGUGAACAACGAGCGAUCAUUUAAAUAAUUGAUUGAUUAUAUGAAAAUAUCUUUGUGAUAUCUGUACUCCUGAUUGAAGCAUUUUUCUGUAAAAUGUUCGUGUAAAAGCUUAUAUUAUUAAUUAUACUACAAUU